CAUUAUUAUUGAUAUGUCACUCGCGCGCAAGUCAACGGUCAGACGGCACCCUGCAAACGUUCAUAAUAAUCAUAAUGUUAUCGUACAAGUGCUUGUUUUGUUUGUUGGCUAUUAGCAUCGUCGAUAGUAUUGAAAUCCUGUCAAAUUAUCCGGAUCUCAAAAAUCUUGAACAGUAUUAUCACUAUCAGACCAUAAAUGGAGAUAAAGUCAAACUGCAGGUAUAUUACGAAUGCCUGUGCCCUGACUGCAUAGCAUUCCACUUAGGUCCCUUAGACGACGUAUACAGGAAAAUCGGAUCUUAUAUAGACCUCAAGUUAUAUCCGUAUGGAAAUGCUAAGAAAUCCGAAAAAAAUGGUAAAACCGUGAUAACUUGCCAGCACGGGCCAGCCGAGUGUUAUGGCAACAAGCUCCACGCAUGCGCCAUCGAGAUACUGAACGACAUCAGCAAGGCAGAGUUCUAUAACUCCUGCAUGAUGAACGGGACCUGGGGCGGCAGGGGAUCCACAGACAUGGACGCUACUAAUUGCGGAAAAUCAAUGGGAAUCGAUUCAAAGGCGAUCAUCGCAUGCGCUAAAAGUUCACGAGGAGAAGAUCUUCUAGAAUACUACGGACAAGAAACAGACAAGCUGGUCGACAAACAAUACGUACCCUGGGUACUCAUAAAUGGAGAGUUCUUUGACAGCAAUGGUGAUUUGAUGAAGAAAAUUUGUGAAACUUUGAGCAAUUCGCCACCUCCGUGUGCUGAAUUAAGCGAAUAAAGUUGUAGUUUCCAUCUA